GGGAAAGGUCGCCCCACUCUCUCUUUUUUUCCGAUUACAUCGAUUCCGUUUUUAAAAGAAGGCCGAUACGAGCCGAGCCGUGCUGAGCCGUGUGGACCACCGCAGUGCGUAAAGAGCCUGGUGAAGAAGUGAGGAGACGAACAAGGCUUCACGAGAGAAAAAGAAGCAGAGGAUGUCCAGAGCUGACUGGUCCUUCCUGGAGCAUCUGCUGGAGGAGGGCCAAGAGUACUCGACUGGCCUCGGCCGUAUCUGGCUCACCGUGCUCUUCCUGUUUCGUAUGUUGGUAUUGGGAGCUGCUGCCGAAUCUGCCUGGGAUGACGAGCAGGCCGACUUCGUCUGCAACACGCGCCAACCUGGCUGCACCCCCGUGUGCUACGACAAAGCCUUCCCCAUUUCCCACUUUCGCUACUUUGUCCUCCAAGUCAUCUUCGUGUCCACGCCGACCAUCUUCUAUUUCGGAUAUGUGGCUAUAAGGGCCGGGAAGGACAAGGAAAAAGAGGAAGAGGAGGAAGGUGGAAGUAAGAGAGGAGAUGGGAGCAAUAAGAAAGUGACUAAAAGCAGUGCAGAGGAGAAGGAGAAACAAGAGGAGGGGGGGAAAGGUAAAAAAGCUGAAAAGGCUACUCCUGAGGCCCCUAAACUGAAAGGCAGGCUGCUGUGCGCGUACGCAUUAAGCAUCCUCGUAAAAGUCCUCCUGGAGGCUGGCUUCAUCGUGGGGCUGUGGAUCCUCUACAACGGCUUCAUCAUACAAGCAAAGUUUGAGUGCACAGGGUUCCCCUGUCCUUACACGGUGGACUGCUUCGUCUCUCGGCCCACGGAGAAGACCAUCUUCACCAUCUACACGCAGGUGAUCGCUACCGUGUCCCUGAUCCUCAACCUCAUGGAGCUCCUCCACCUCCUUCAGCUCGCCAUCUCCCACCAGCUGGAGAAGCGCUACAGUGCCCAGAGGCGAGAAUACCUUCCUCAACCUGAGCAAGUACCGGCCGGACAGAAGACUCCAGAACUUCAGGCGGCGGUGUCACAGUCUUACACAGCAGGGGGUCACACCAGCCUCCCCAUGCCGAGUGAGGCUACAUGCCACUCCAAUCCCCGUGAGAGCUACGGGGAUCAGGCCAGUGAGGUGACCUGGGGCCCUGGGGAAGCGGGGAGUGACCUGCUUCCUAGUUAUGUGAACUGCAUGGGCGCAAUGAGGUCACAUUCGCCAAGAGUCCAUUAUAAAAAACAAGCGCAUCACACAGCUAAAAACACUAGGGGAGCCCAUAAGCCUCUCAUUUCGACUGGAAACUUCCACCAGCUUGAAGCAAUUGCCGCUCUGCACACGCACAACCGGGGUCACUGGACCGGAGCAGGUCAUUCCACUGAUAGCAAACUAGUACAAGCUGAUGGCUGCCGAUAGCAGGGCAGCUUUUACCGGUCCAGAGCCAGUGUUAGUCUGGGCCUCAUAAUCUUUUCCCCUGUUUCACUACCUGGCAGCCUAACGUAGCAGAACUUAUCCUGGCACAGAGGAAAGGUUACCAUCCACUCAGAGAGAUGGACCUUCCUGCUUCAUUACCAAACACAGGAAAGGCUCAGGGACUGGAGUGAAAGUGUCAACAGAAUUGUUAUUCUGAGUCCUUUGUAAGAGUCGUCACAUCUUCCGAUUCCGGGGAGAGUGAAAGUCAGUCAGAAAUGUGGCUUCUGGAAAAAGAAAGUCUAUAGAAAAGCAUAACGUUAGUAAGCCCUGUGGUUGUAUGCCUCCACCAACAAGUACAGAUUCCGUCAAUAUAUAUUUUGUCCAGAUUCAUAUGAUGUCACUAUGAUCUUUGACCGUUAAGUUCAUCUUUAAGUCCAAUGGACAUCUGGUCAAAAAUGGAAGAAAUUCACUAAAUGAUAUCAUGUUCAAGAGGCCAAAAGGCUGAGAUCUCAGUCACCUUGACCUUUGACCUCCAAAUUCUAAUUCUGGAGUCAAACUUAAUGUCUGAACCGAUUUGAGGAAAUUCCCCCAAGGCGUGUUGUGUUGAGAUGUUGUGUUCAUGAGAGUGGGACGGACCAGAAAACCUAAUGCUUUCAACCAGUGGCUGUUGUGGCAAAGAGGCAGAAAAAUGCCCCUAUGCGACAAUAACAAUUUAACUUUUAAAUUGAACCCUGCAGCUACACCAAUUAUCGGGGGGGCUGUAGUCUCCAUGGCACCUCUACCUUCAACACCCUUGUCUGAUUCUAUACGACACCAACAACUUAUUCACCUUCAAAGACCGAUUCUUCUUAAAUUCUUCUUAAAGCUUCUGUUACCACCUCAGUGGAUUUGCUUUAAUAAUGAGAACAAUAACAGUCUUGAUAGAAUAUGUGGAAACCGUUCCCUCUUCCUGCCGUCACAGGGAGGUCAUGUUGGGUGCAGGCAACAUCACCAUAGACCUCCUCCAUAUUGUUUUCCACCUAAACCAUUAUAUCAUAAUUAUGAUUUCCGUUCACCCAGCACAGGUCGUUGGGCCACAAUGGUGAAUCAUUGGUUCUGUUGGACUGGGAAAUGACUGAUGGGCUGUGAGACAGAGUAGAGAGCCGCCCAUAAAAGGAGAAAGUCAAUUUUAGCCGCAUGUUGUUCCACUGAUGUCUUUAUCAAAAGGAAUGUUUUCACAUGUGGUUGUUGUAUGUUUGGUUAUAGUGGUUCGAUGCAUAUCAAACUUGAGCCAGUUAAGACCAAUGGUGAUCUGUGUGCAAUCCCACUGCAGCAAUGAGAACCUUAACGAUCUAUCUGUUCUUUAAAUGUGGAUCAACUUAUCCAGACUAACGUGUUGUUAUCAGUGCAAAGGGAUCGCUUGGAUUCUCUUCUCGGCUAAUUGGAUUCUUUGGAUAAACACAUGUUCUCAUUGUUGGGUCCUGUGGUUUUAUGGCUUUCUCUCUCUCUCUAUUUCAGGUACCUUCUAGGUACCAGGAUCCCCCUCCGCCUGAUUCCCAUUAGGUCGUCAGUGGAGCAGCCUUUAAAGCUCCCACAGCCGGUACGGGUCCCCUAUUUCCGUCCCUGAUAAAGCAGGUUCACGGACUGUUGUUGUUACUGGGGUUGUUAGUUUUGUGUCUUUCUUUGCACUUUGAUACAUUUCUCUAUGUUGUAGCUUUAAUGGAGCCUAGAUGGGGUUCACAGCCAUUUAUGUUGCUCUAAUAUUUCUCUCCUGUUGUGUGCUCGGACAUAGAAUUCAGUUUUGCUUUUUGUUAUUAUGGGGGGGCUAUUUUUGCCUUAAAAACCCAAUGUUUUAUCGCUUCCAUUAGCUGCAGUUUUUACCUCUAACAUCUUUCUGUAGAUAAAUGGUAGCGACUGUACGUUUAUGUGUUAAACCAUCUCUUGAUCAAUAAAAGUAGGUUUUAACACUCUAAGGGAAAAUGAGCUGUGGAGACCAUACUUUUAUGGACAUUGCAUGUUAUUUUCCUUCUUGCUCUUGUAUUCUUAUUGGUUGCCUUUCUUCACUGCAUUUCACCAGCUCCACAUUCCACACUGACGUGGUCUAUACAAGUGGACGAGGGUUAAUGCAGUUAGUUUGUAAUGAAGACAAUUUAGUGGCAAGUUCAAGUGUCAGCAAUUUGUUUGACAAUUUGACAAUCUUGAUUAAAUAAUUUAACUGAAGUUUCUACAUAUAUUCGAAACCAAAACUUAGCAACUCUGUGCAUUUGAUUCUAGUUCAAGUCAUCAAUGAAAGUGUUCAGGUGAUGAAUCCCCAUAAUGUCUUGUUUGAAUGUGUGGUUUCUAUUUCCAUCUGUCUUCUGACCACACGUUUUAAAGUAUCUGGUUUGUUUUAUUGUAUAUUCUAUGAUUUACAUGCAAGUAGUGCUUUAUUAUAACAUUUUAACUGACUGAUGUUUAUUUGUAACUGAUACAUUCUCUUGUACCAUGUUCAUUCCUCUGAAUGAGAGUCAUUCGUCACCCUGAAACAGACUUUGAUGUAUUGGGGGUUUCACUGUAAAACUUUCGGUCAUGAAUCGGCUUACUGAGAAUAAGCCUUAACUUUUUAGAUGAGCCUGGGGACUUACUGGUCAGACCACAGCUAUUUUUAAGCCAGCUUUGAAGUGCGGAAAAAUCAAGAAAUCAAGUUUCUCACAUAAAAAUAAACAGGAAUGAAAUGCUGGGCUUUCUGAAUGGACUGGUUUUCUUUUUUUCAGGUGAAUAGCUUGGUGAUUCCUCCAUUUAUUACUGCCAAGUCUUUCCUUGAUCAGUCAUUACUUCCUUCCUUUGAAUGUGAUGUUACUUUUUGUCCUUGGCAGCAGCAUCUUCAUAAUGAGGGUGGAUCAGAUACUUCUUCAACCUCUAAUGCGGAAAAAAUGCUGCAGUGAAUAGCAUGUG